UUCUGGUCGAGUAGUACAAAGCUGUGAUCAAUCGUAAAAUUGUUAUUAUUUUAAUUAAUCCUAAAGAAAGGUGACAUCUAAGGAAACUACGUGUACACCAUGAAGUCCCUUGCUUACUUCGCUUGCUUUGCCGUUCUUGUUACAGGUUGUAUGACGAUGCCCCAGACAAGCAGCGUUGCUCAGUUUGGCGUAAUGAUGGGAUGUCUUCUAGACAUAAGUACUGUAGAGGCUGGUCUAGACUACAAUGGAUACGGUUGUUACUGUGGCUUCGGAGGUCAGGGUGUACCUCUUGAUGAUACCGAUAGGUGUUGUCAGACCCACGAUGACUGCUACUCAGUCGUACAGAACAGUGAUAUGUGCCGGAGUACCGACCAAGCCUACGUCAUUUCAUAUAACUACAACGCAUUGCAAUGUGGAACCGAUAGUGCACGAAUCGUUUGCUCUGAUGCAAGCAGCUAUGACGCAGGUUACGAGUACACAGACUGUGCCAUGGCUAUGUGUGCCUGCGACAAGGCUGGGGCGGAAUGCUUCCAACGUUACAGACCAACCUAUAACGACGGAUAUAAGAGAUAUGACAAGGAUAGCUGCUGAUAGACGCCUAUCUCUCUCGGAAUUCAUUAUUGCAUUAAUUAAUUAAUUAAUAAUUGGUAAUAAUUCUAGGCAUUUCUAAAGCGCCGUCUAUCUAGUAAUUCUAUUCCGAGGCGCACUUAUUAUUUCCUCGUCUUUUAGCUGCCAUUACAGCGCUCCAGCAUGUCAAGGAAUUAAUUCCCGCCAGGUACCCAUUUACCUCACCUGGGUCGAGUUUGGCAAAUGAAGAUUAAUGCUUGCCAAAGGACAUUAGUGCCGUAUCGGGGAUCGAAUCACGACCUUUGAUUUUCAAGUCAAGUGCUUAAACCGCGUAGACACUUAUACAUUACUAUAAGGAGAUAAAAGAAACAACAAACCAUCGAAUGAUACUAAUUAUCCUCAUCCUUUUUUGUUCCAACUACAAUAGAAAUUGAAUGUUUGUUUCAAAUUCGGGACAUUAAAGUAACAUACAUUCUCCGUAUCACUGGGUGUAUUUGUCCUGCUUGGGAUCUUGAGUAUCUCAAAGGGUGAUUAUUUAAAUCAACUUAAAAUAAAUGUGUGCGUAUAACAUUAUAUGCGGCUGUGUGUGGUUGGAAAUUCAUGAUACAUUAUCCUUGUGUAAUUAUUCGAUAUAUCGCCAAAUAUUAUGGGUUUUAUGAUUGUUAAUUCAAAAAUAAUUAAUCAAAAGUAUACGUAUCAAAAUCGAACCUAAUUGAUGACAUGGGGAUAAUUGUCCGAGGUAAUAUUCGUUCCCUGUCCAUGCUGUGCAGGGUAAUAGUAUAAUUGCGUUGUAUUACUUAAUUAUUAGGUCAGUUUACAUGCUGUGCAUAAAGUUUGAAUGAAAUAGACGAGGGAAAAAAUCUUA